GUGUAUACCUUGGGCAGAGAGUUGUUUGUUUUGGUUUUUGGAGCCGGCUGCUUCCAGCAAUUGUUUCUCGAUUGGAAAUAUCGAAAUAUUUUUAUGAAGCUAGUAAAACUAUGUGAACAAUGAAUGAAACGAGCAGGUUCAAUGUAAGCUACUGCACGGAUCCAAUAUUUAAGCUGAACGUCUUGAAGCGAGUAUCCAACGAAAAAUGUGAUAUAUGCUGGAUGGCCGAAAACAACCCAAUACGCUACGGGGAAUUUGUCGAGAAAACGUACAAUACGAAUCGAAAACUCCGCUUGCAUUACUUUUGCUUGCUUUCCGGUACGUAUAUUGCACAGAACGGCUCCACAAAGGUUGGCAUCACCGGGUUUAAGAUACGCGACGUCAUUAACAGCUAUGCAGAGUACCGCGAAAAACUAUGCUUCUACUGUCGCCAUCCAUCGGCACCGAUCGAAUGUGCUCAGCCUGGGUGUGGGCGCCGGUUUCAUUACAUUUGUGGGUACAACAAUGCGUGCUUGACCCAGUUUACGGGCCAAUUUCUUUCCUACUGCCAUCAGCAUCUACCCGCACAGUACCGUGCGCUCGUCGAUACAAAGGACCGAGAAUGUGAUAUUUGCUUCACCGCGCUGCCACAGGCAACGGAGGCGGACUUUAAUCCACUAGCGAUCGUACGCACCCGCUGCGACAGCGAGUGUCCCGAUGGGCUGUUGCAUCGCGAGUGUGUCCAGCGGUUUGCCUACACGUCAGGCUACAACUUCAAGUGUCCUUUGUGCUGGAAUAAGAAGUUUCGCGUACAUGCGGCCGAGAGUGGAAUCUUCAUACCGGAACGGGAGUCUGCCUGGGAACGGGAACCGGGAGCAUUCAAGGAUUUGCACAAACGCAAAUGCACAGCCGACGCGUGUGCAUUGGCUAACUCGCGCAGCGCAACGGACGUGUCGCAGAUGGUGGGGUGCAAGGUUUGCGGUGGACAAUUGAUGCAUAAGGUUUGUUGUGGGGUAUUCAAUCCGAACGAUUAUUUGUGUAGUGUUUGUAAGGAUGAAUCUUUUGUAAAUUUGCUGUGAGUACAAUUAAAGUUACUUGUGUGGAGAAUGGUAAAAGCUAGCAAUAAUAAAAAAAAAACAUUCGCAUUGAACGAAUAA